AUGUUUACCCUAGUAAUACUGUAUACCCUGUAUACCCCUAUAUAUCCUGUUUAUACCCUUGAUUACCCUAGUAAUACUGUAUACCCUGUAUACCCCUAUAUAACCUGUUUACCCAUGUUUACCCGAGUAAUACUGUAUACCCUGUAUACCCCUAUAUAACCUGUUUACCCAUGUUUACCCUAGUAAUACUGUAUACCCUGUAUAACCCUAUCUAUCCUGUUUACCCUUGAUUACCCUAGUAAUACUGUAUACCCUGUAUACCUCUAUAUAACCUGUUUACCAUGUUUACCCUAGUAAUACUGUAUACCCUGUAUACCCCUAUAUAUCCUGUUUACCCUUGAUUACCGAUGUUUACCCUAGUAAUACUGUAUACCCUGUAUACCCCUAUAUAUCCUGUUUACCCUUGAUUACCCUAGUAAUACUGUAUACCCUGUAUACCUCUAUAUAACCUGUUUACCCAUGUUUACCCUAGUAAUACUGUAUACCCUGUAUACCCUUGAUUACCCUAGUAAUACUGUAUACCCUGUAUACCCCUAUAUAUCCUGCUUACCCAUGAUUACCCUAGUAAUACUGUAUACCCUCUAUACCCCUAUAUAACCUGUUUAUCCAUGUUUACCCUAGUAAUACUGUAUACCCUGUAUACCCCUACAUAUCCUGUUUACCCUUGAUUACCCUAGUAAUACUGUAUACCCUGUAUACCCCUAUAUAACCUGUUUACCCAUGUUUACCCUAGUAAUACUGUAUACCCUGUAUACCCCUAUAUAUCCUGUUUACCCUUGAUUACCCUAGUAAUACUGUAUACCCUGUAUACCCCUAUAUAACCUGUUUACACAUGUUUACCCUAGUAAUACUGUAUACCCUGUAUACCCUUAUAUAUCCUGUGUACCCAUGUUUACCCUAGUAAUACUGUAUACCCUGUAUACCCCUAUAUAACCUGUUUACCCUAGUAAUACUGUAUACCCUGUAUACCCUUAUAUAUCCUGUUUACCCUUGAUUACCCUAGUAAUGCUGUAUACCCUGUAUACCCCUAUAUAACCUGUUUACCCUUGAUUACCCUAGUAAUACUGUAUACCCUGUAUACCCCUAUAUAACCUGUUUACCCAUGUUUACCCUAGUAAUACUGUAUACCCUGUAUACCCCUAUAUAUCCUGUUUACCCUUGAUUACCCUAGUAAUACUGUAUACCCUGUAUACCCCUAUAUAACCUGUUUACACAUGUUUACCCUAGUAAUACUGUAUACCCUGUAUACCCUUAUAUAUCCUGUGUACCCAUGUUUACCCUAUUAAUACUGUAUACCCUGUAUACCCCUAUAUAACCUGUUUACCCUAGUAAUACUGUAUACCCUGUAUACCCUUAUAUAUCCUGUUUACCCUUGAUUACCCUAGUAAUGCUGUAUACCCUGUAUACCCCUAUAUAACCUGUUUACCCUUGAUUACCCUAGUAAUACUGUAUACCCUGUAUACCCCUAUAUAACCUGUUUACACAUGUUUACCCUAGUAAUACUGUAUACCCUGUAUACCCUUAUAUAUCCUGUUUACCCUUGAUUACCCUAGUAAUGCUGUAUACCCUGUAUACCCCUAUAUAACCUGUUUACCCAUGUUUACCCUAGUAAAACUGUAUACCCUGUAUACCCCUGUAUACCCCUAUAUAUCCUGUUUGCCAUUGUGUUAUAA